AUGGGGUUUUUGGUACAGGAGUGGCCGUUUGUGGCCGGGAGUGAUGGGGCGGGGGAAGUUGUAGCGAUCGGCGAGGGAGCUCGGAAGAGCGGGAGAGUUAAGGUCGGGGAUAGAGUACUAUUUCAGUGCUUCUUCAUCACGAACAGGGGCACCUUCCAGCAGUACGCUCUUGCGGAUGCUAUACGUACUAUCAAGAUCCCCUCUGCUCUCUCCUACGACGAUGCCUCCACUUUCCCCCUUGCCUUCCACACCGUCGCACUCGCUCUCUACGGGACCUACCACGUCCAACACGGACCUGGGACCCGAAUCUGGCGAGGCAUGGGCCUGGAUAUCCCGGUGGGUACAGGCGUGGGGAAGUAUAAGGAUGAACCAAUCCUAAUCACGGGGGGUUCGAGCAGCCUUGGACAGUUUGCCAUUCAACUCGCAAAACUAUCGGGAUUCAACCCUAUAAUAACGACCUCCUCACCCUCCAACGCAGCUUACUGCACCUCCGCCGGCGCGACGCACGUAAUCGACUAUCACACCGUGCCCUACACUUCCAACCACGGCCCCUCCCUCGGAUCUCACAUCACUUCCAACAUCACGACCAAACCUAUUCGUGUAAUCUAUGACGUCGUUUCUACGGAGGAUUCUCAGCGCGCGUGUUGGGAUAUUCUUUCUGAUGAUUCGGGAAAGAUGUCCAUCACGCUGGAGUUGGCGAAGUCGAUUCGAGAGGAGAUGGCAGAUAAUGGGGUCGAUUCGAAAGUGGGGAGGAAAGGGAUAUAUGCGGCGUAUGGGAAUGCGAACGCUGAGGGAAUGCAUGAAGAUGGUAACAGGCUUGCUGUGGCGUUGGAGGGGUGGCUGCAGGAAGGAAAGAUCAAGCCAAACGCAGUUGAGCUUCUCCCUGGCGGACUGGCAGCUAUCGGGGAAAAUGUGAAGAGGUUCGGUAGGGCUGGUGGUGUUAGUGCUGUGAAGAUGGUCGUUAGACCGUUCGAGACAGAUAUGUCCUGA